AUGGCCUGUGCUCAAGUGCCACUGGAUGAGCAGCUGGUGACUGAGACUGACCCACAGGGAAGGGAGCGCACGCUGCCGGCACUGCACCCAGACAGGAAGGAGGAGCGCUUUUUUGUGUCUUAUAAACCUCCCCCAGAAGGUGGCUCUCCCGCAGAAGUGGAGGAGUUUUUGGAACAUGCCAAAUUCAUCUCUGAGGAUCUGGAGUGGCUGCUGGCACUGCCCCAUGAUAAGUUCUGGUGCCAGAUAGUGUUUGACGAGUCACUGCAGAGAUGUUUAGACUCAUACCUUCAUCACGCUCCUCGUAGCCUUGACCUCCCCGCCGUUCCUCCCUCCCCGGCGGUUGCUGACGUACAGCGUGCUAUCCACAGGGCCGUCUUCUUGACCUUCCUUAGGAUGGCCACGCAUAAAGAAUCCAAGGAAAACUUCUUCACCCCAGCUGUGUUUGGAGAAAUUAUCUACGACAAUUUUCUUUUUGACAUUCCCAAAAUUCUAGAUCUCUGUGUGCUCUUUGGAAAGGGCAACAGCCAGCUGCUGAACAAAAUGAUAAAGAACAUUUUCACUCAGCAGCCAUCCUACUACAAUGACCUGGUUGAGACCGUGCCUACUGUUUUACAGGCAAUAAUUUUCAAUCCUUAUAUUUCUAUUUUUGACACAGUCCUGGACAAGUGUGGCCUACAGUGUGAAGGAGCCACUGCCAUGGAGCCAAUGAAGCUUAAUGCUAACAAAAGACCCACUGUUAUGACCAUGGGCCAGCAGGAACUAGUAGAUAUCAUUUUGUACUUGUGUGACUCGACCACCACCAUACAAGCCUUCCUGGACAUCUUCCCUGCAGCCUGCUCCAGCUUCCAAUCCCAUGCCUUCCUAAGCAGAUUAACCUCAUUUUAUGAGACUGUGGUGACGGACCUGGAGAACGCUGUUCGGAAGAGAAACUUUGAUGAUAAAAGUCUGCAGGAGGACUUGUGGAAAAGGCUUAGUCAUUCCUGUCGUAAGAUGUUAGAGUUGGCUCACCUCCUACUGCACCACACCUGCUUACAGCCAAUCCUGGAACAGAAAGAAAACGCACAGAUGUUUGCGGAAGAACUACUGCAAUAUUUCACGUCAUUUUUACCUGAGAAAAGGUUCUUGGUAGACUAUGAUGAACAGUUUCCCAUUGCAGAUGACAUCAGCCUUCUACAGCAAGCCCUGCCAGUCAUUGAUGAAACAAGGACGUCCUUCUUGCUCCAGGGCGUGGAAAGCACACGGGACAAUGUGGGCCGCCGAAAACCACAUAGCCAUACCAACAGUACAGCCUUGUCAUCAUUUUCUGACCAGCAGGAAGCAGUGGGCGGGGCGGCCGCCUCCUCUGGUGGCUCUCAACCUCAGGAGGUCUGCAAAGGAGGAAGAGAGGACCCUCAGGGUGCAGUGGCAAUGCUGGAUGAUUCCCUAAAAGGAAAUAAUGGUGCAGUAUGUCAGGUGAGCGCAGCAGAACUGGACUCCCUCCUGUCCUGCAUCAGGGACUUGCUGCCAGAUUUAGGGGAAGGCUUCCUGCUGGCGUGCCUUCAAGAGUACAACUACAACUCUGAGCUGGUCAUCAACAACAUCCUAGAGGACCGGUUAGCCCCCAGCCUUGAUAAACUGGACCGAGCCAUGCCAAGGCCAGUGAAGGCGGAGCUUCCAACUGUUCUGAAUAACAGGUCCAACAUCUUUGAUGAUGACGACUUUGACAUCUUCCGAAGGGACCAGGUGGACAUGUCCCGCAUCUGGAAGGGAAGGAGGAAAGGACAGAGUACUCGAGAGUUGCUUGAGGAUAAGCAGCACAUAGAGGAACAAAGAGCUCGUUAUCGAACCUACGAAACGGUGGUAGAUGAAGUCGUCGUGGAACCAGGAGAAUCCACCACUGCCUACAGUCUGGAUGACUAUGACGACGAGUACGACGACACAUACGACAUAAACCAAGUGGGAGCUAAUGACUUGGAUGGAGAUAGUUUACUUAAUAGAAGACCUUUCACAGUCCCACAGGUACUUAGAAAAGGAACUAAAGCAGAGGAGGAUGAAGAUGAGGAUGAGGAUGAUGAAAUGGAGAACGCAUUGCAGAAGAAUCCAAACAGGGACAACUUUGUCCAGGAUCCGGCUCUGCUGAGGGAGAGGGCUGAAGCUAAAAGGGCCGCCAUGCAGCAGAGGAAAGGCAUCCGGCAAGAGAAUCCCAGUAAUGUGGUGGGCCGACCCAAAGGCCAAGGACAAACCCUGGAGACAUUCCUGGACCGACGCAAAAAGGAGACCAACAAGAGCCGCGCAGCCAAUCACAACCGGCGCACCAUGGCCGAUCGCAAGAGGAACAAAGGCAUGAUUCCCUCCUGA